AGAUUAAAUAAUGGUUUACUUGUUUCUAUCAGCUGUUCAAAUUCAAUAUCAAAUUUGACCUCAUUCUAAUUCUUUGUUUAAGCAGAAUACAAAACAUAUACAUAUAUUUUAUAUUAGUUGUCGUAAUUGAGAAAUCAAUUAAUAUUUCAGCUUAAGAAAAUGAUAUUAGAGACCUUGCAAAAGUCAGAUACAGAUUGUUGCAUCCGACUUGUAAUUUCUUCUAUUGCUCUGGGAAUGGGUGCUGAUUUAAGGCAUAUAAGUAGGAUAAUACAUGCAGGACCGCCUACAACAAUGGAAGCCUAUGUUCAAGAAGUUGGAAGGGCUGGGAGAGAGGACAUGCAGGCACAAGCUAUACUGUUCUAUAACAGUAGUGACCUUGGUGUGAAGCACAUACGUGCAGAAAUGAAGAAUUACUGCCAGACAAAAAAAUGCUUAAGAGAAGUUAUUAAUGAAUUCUUUGGGUUUUCCACAGAAAUCAAACCUUUAAACUGCUGCAGUGUCUGCCAAAGUGAACUUAGUAUAGAAUGGGACUUUGGAAAUUUACUUCUGUAAUAAACAGUUACAAUUUGUGUGACUUUUGUGCCAAGUGCUACAUUUGUAUGUGACAGGAAAGUAAUAUGAAGCUAAUAAUUUUAGCAAUUCUGUAAUAAGUA